AGAGAAGUGACGAAGCAUUCCGCCAAUCCUGCGCACCUGCCCCAUUCCGCCAAUCCGCCGGUUCCACCGCCGAUAAGUGACGAAGCAGAUGAACCAGAGACAGUGUGCCACCGCUGAUUGAGUCGCCGCCUUCACCGGCGGACGCCGAGUCGCCGAUCUGCACGGCUCCAGGUAAAUAUAGUGAGCAAGAAGUUACAAUCAAAAGAUAUGCAUCUUGAUAUUGCUAUUAAAGAGAUAAAUGGAUUGAUUGACUACUUCAAGGGUUAUAGAGAAACUGGUUAUUCAAAAGCAAUUGAUGAAGCAAAGGAGAUAGCUGUUGAAAUGGAUAUACCUCCGAUAUUUCUAGAAAAGCGUUUGAUUCGAAGGAAAAAAAGAGUUGAUGAGAGUUCAAGCAGUGAAGAAGUUUCAUUUACAAAUGAAGAGACUUUCAGGGUCAAUUUCUUCUCUUAUGUUGUGGAUAAAGUCAUAUCUUCUCUUGAGAUGAGAUUUGAACAAUUCAAAGACUAUAUAUGAGAGAUUAUUUGGGUUUUUGUUUCCACAUAAGUUGAGUGGAAUUGAAGAAAAAGAGCUUAAGUUGUUUUGCCAUCAACUUGAAAAUGCACUCAAGUUUGAAGAAAGAUCGGAUAUUGAUGCCGAAGAGCUUUACAUGGAGUUGAAAUCAUUCAACACAUUACAAACAAGUGAAUUUAGCAAUCCAAUAGAUGUUUUGAAGCAUUUAAAAGAACUUGGUUGUUACCAGAAUGCUUGCAUUGCAUAUAGAAUUUUGUUGACUGUUCCAGUAACGGUGGCAUCUGCAGAGAGAAGUUUUUCCAAAUUGAAGCUCUUGAAAUCUUACUUACGGUCUACAAUGUCACAAGAUAGACUUAGUGGAUUGGCGGUAAUAGCUAUCGAGAAUGAAAUCUUAGAGAGCAUAGACUGUGAAGAUGUGAUCAACCAAUUUGCUCUCAAGAAUGCAAGGAGAACUUCUCGAAUCCUCGGCUAGCUUUUACGGUUUUUCUUCAGUACACAAUUGAUGCUCCCUGAAACAAUUGAUAUUCCCAGGAAGGAGCUUUUCUUCUAGAUAUUUGUGCGAGGCUUUGGCUAUGAUAAAAUGAUCUCAUUUUUUAAAGCCACCAUUGCAAGGAGAGUGUUUGAGUGUGCACUAUCUUAUGUUGUUUCAUUACUCCUAAAAGUUUAGCCUAUGAAACAUGGCAUGUGUAAAUGUGUUCCUUAAACAACUAAGGCUAUCU